AUGUCAGUAAUUGAAAAUAAUUGUCAGCUCUUGGAAAAAGUUAUCCCCGAGGUUUUAUUUACAGUUUCUUCUUCUGGUGUGACAAUUUCGUCACCGCGGCUGAUAACCGCACGGUUUGUUGAGUUUGACAUGGCAGGGAAAUGCAAAAGCUGCAGGGGAGAAAAUGUGGACAUAGAUUUUAUUGUUACUCCGAAGGAUGUAACCCUAUAUUGCAACCGACUAAAAUCAGAGAAAGUAGUAAUGUUCGACCAUAUUUAUGAGAUUCCUCAACAAUGUGUUUUUCGCGUAAAAUCAAAAGGAAAGAAUUUUAAUAUUUUUCACAAGGAACAAAUCUGGAAUGAAAAACAGUUCAUCACCUGUAAUGAGCAAAUGAGUGUCAAGGAAUUUUUGGCAAAGUUUCCACAGAAGGCUCAAUUAGAGAAAGAUGAAACAAAAGAAAAUAUAAAGAAAGAUAAAGAAAAUAAAUUAGAAGAAAAAGGUAAUUCAACACCCCCUCUUAACCAUUAA